ACCCGGCUGCAUGUACUGAUUAUUCUGGACCCUAUUUUGAAAUUGGAAUAUUUUGAAUUUUGUGUGAAAUUGGCCAUAUUACCAAUACCAGGUUGACUGCAUUGAUUAUUCUGGACCCUAUUUUGAAAUUGGAAUAUUUUGAAUUUUCUGUGAAAUUGGCCAUAUUUCCAAUUUCCAAUCACUUUAUUGGGAAGUUGAAAUAGUUGAAUUGGCCAAUUUUAUGUGCUUAAUAGAUAAUAUGGAACACAUACUAGUGAAAUAGCUAAGAAUUUGGUAUAAUGGAACUAUGUAAUUGGCCAAAAUCAGGACUCAAGGUGGGCAAAAUUGCUAAUGCAUAAAUAUUUCUGACUCAGCGAAAUUUGCAGGAGUAUAACUUCAUCAAUUCUUUAUAAAAUUAUGUACUUUUUAUUUUAUUACAUUAUUAUUACGUUCUCUAUGAUUUCCUAAGACCCUGUGGGGAAUUUUCAGAUUGGAGGUCAAUAAAAGAAUACAGAAAAAAUUGUUUAAACACAAGAGCAAAUAAUAAUAAUAAUAAUAAUAACAAUAAUAUUGUUGAGUGUAUCUGCAGUGUUCUAGUACAUACAUUAAUGUUUUAACACAAAACAAAUUAUGAUAGUGUUUUAACAAACAAUAUGAACUUUAUUAAUGCUCAUAAGUAGGAAAAGUUUUGCCUAAAUAAAUCUUAACAUGGGAAUAUGUUCAUAAGGAAAACCAUGUGUUCAGUGUCCAAAAUUGUUAAAAAAAUCAUGAAAUAGACAUGUGUGUACAUAAGGAAGAUUAACUAUACCACUGUUGUAUGACUAAAAUAUUUUAAAUGAAAUACCUUCAUUUAAAAAAUAUGGAAAAACAUAAAGAACAUAAACCAUAUGAAUGUUCUGAGUGUCUGAAAUGUUUUAGUCAAAAAAGCCAUCUUGUGUCACAUACGAGAGUACAUACAGGAGAUAAACCAUAUGAAUGUUCUGAGUGUCUGAAAUGUUUUAGUCAAAAAAGCCAUCUUGUGUCACAUACGAGAGUACAUACAGGAGAUAAACCAUAUGAAUGUUCUGAGUGUUUGAAAUGUUUUAGUCAAAAAAGCCAUCUUGUGAAACAUAUGAGAAUGCAUACAGGAGAUAAAUCAUAUCAAUGUUCUGAGUGUCUGAAAUGUUUUAGUGAAAAAAGCAGUCUUGUGAAACAUAUGAGAGUACAUACAGGAGAUAAACCAUAUCAAUGUGCAGAGUGUUUGAAAUGUUUUAGUAAAAAAUGUAAUCUUGAGGCACAUGUGAGAGUACAUACAGGAGAUAAACCAUAUCAGUGUUCUGAGUGUCUAAAAUGUUUUAGUGAAAAAAGCAGUCUUGUGAAACAUGUGAGAGUGCAUACAGGAGAUAAACCAUAUCAAUGUUCUGAGUGUCUGAAAUGUUUUAGUCGAAAAAGCCAUCUUGUGACACACAUGAGAGUACAUACAGGAGAUAAACCAUAUCAAUGCAAUGAGUGUCUGAAAUGUUUUAAUGUAAAAGGCAGACUUCUGUCACAUAUGAGAGUACAAACAGGAGAUAAACCAUAUCAGUGCACAGAGUGUUUGAAAUGUUUUACUCAAAAAGGCAUUCUUGUGACACACAUGAGAGUACAUACAGGUGAUAAACCAUAUCACUGUUCUGACUGUCUGAAAUAUUUUAGUCAAAAUAGCAGUCUUGUUACACACAUGAGAGUACAUACAGGAGAUAAACCAUACCAAUGUUCUGAGUGUCCGAAGUGUUUUAGUGUAAAAAGCAGUCUUGUGACACAUAUGAGAGUACAUACAGGAGAUAAACCAUACCAAUGUUCUGAGUGUCUGAAGUGUUUUAGUGUAAAAAGCAAUCUUGUGACACAUAUAAGAGUACAUACAGGAGAUAAACCAUAUCAAUGUUCUGAGUGUCUGAAGUGUUUUAGUGUAAAAAACAAUCUUCUGACACAUAUGAGAGUACAUACAGGAGAUAAACCAUAUCAGUGUUCUGAGUGUCUGAAAUGUUUCAGUGUAAAAAGGAGUCUUGUGACACAUAUGAGAGUACAUACAGGAGAUAAACCAUAUCAAUGUUCUGUCUAAAAUGUUUUAAUGUGAAAAGCCAUCUUGUGACACAAAUGAGAGCUUACCUAUAGUUUACCUGGAGAGACUUCCGGGGUUCAACGCCCCCGCGGCCCAGUCUGUGACCAGGCCACCUGGUGGAUCAGAGCCUGAUCAACCAGGCUGUUACUGCUGGCUGCACGCAAUCCAACAUAUGAGCCACAGCCCGGCUGGUCAGGUACUGACUUUAGGUGCUUGUCCAGUGCCUGCUUGAAGACAGCCAGGGGUCUAUUAGUAAUCCCCCUUAUGUAUGCUGGGAGACAGUUGAACAGUUUUGGGCCCCUGACACUUAUUGUAUUGUCUCUUUACAUGCUAAUGACACCCCUACUUUUCAUUGGGGGGAUGUUGCAUCAUCUGCUGAGUCUUUUGCUUUCGGGUUUUGAGUGAUUUUCAUGUGCAAGUUCGGUACUAGUCCCUCUAGGAUUUUUCAGGUGUAUAUAAUCAUGUAUCUCUCCCGCCUGCAUUCCAGGGAGUACAGGUUCAGGAACUUCAAGCGCUCCCAGUAAUUGAGGUGUUUUAUCUCCAUUAUGUGUGCCGUGAAGGUUCUCUGUACAUUUUCUAGGUCAGCAAUUUCACCUGCCUUAAAAGGUGCUGUUAGUGUGCAGCAAUAUUCCAGCCUAGAUAGAACAAGCAACCUGAUAAGUGUC